AUGUAAUCAAGGAUAAUGUAUUAUAAAUGUGGAGAUGGUUAUGAGUUUGUUAAUAACAAUUUUCACUCUGUUUGUGGUGAUUAAAUUGUCACAAAGCAAGAAGAGUUGAUUAGCUGCAACAUUUUUAAUAAAUUUUGA